UCAUAUAAAUAUUCACAGGUCGGCGGAGAAAAAAGACCGGUGCGAGAUCAAAACAUAAAGAACCGGGACCGAAACUCCGGUCUUCAUCUCCGUCUCCUCCCUCAUGGAAGAAGGUGAAGGCGAAGAAGUCGUGGUCGUCGCCGGUCCAGAUUCGCCGCCGGUCGGAUCUCCCGCCGACACCAACUUCGAUGAAGUCCCCAAGCCUGGAGUCGACAAGAAGCCUCACUCGGCGUCUAAAAGUGUCGCGCUUACCGAUGAUCUCCGUCACAAGAUUAUCAAACAGGUGGAGUAUUACUUCAGCGAUGAAAAUCUCAAGACGGAUAAUUAUUUGAUGAAUUAUGUGACCAAGGACAAGGAUGGAUACGUUCCUAUUUCUGUAAUCGCUUCUUUUAGAAAACUGAAGAAGCUUGCACCAGACAGAUCCUUAAUCGUUGCUGCGCUAAAGGAUUCUUCCCAACUUGUGCUGAGUUCAUCAAAAAAGAAUGUUAGGCGACUUAAUCCUCUCCCUUUUAACGAAGUCAAGGAUCCGCAGUUAUGUACUGUUUUAGUGGAGAAUCUGCCUGAAGAUCAUUCACCAGAAAACAUUCGUAAGAUAUUCUGCGAAGCUGGAAAUAUCAAGAAUAUUUCCAUCCGAGACCCAAAUGUUUCAAGAGAGACUAAAAGCUGCUCUGUUGCAGAAAAGCUACUGUGUGGCAAGUUGCAUGCUCUGGUGGAGUAUGAAACUGUUGAGUCGGCUGAGAAAGCUGUGAAUACUUUGAAUGAUGAACGAGACUGGAGAUAUGGUAUGCGAGUGAAACUCCUGAAGAAACAGGUCAAACAAGGACAAAAAAAACCAGGUUGGAGGGAAGCAGGGUCUGAGAAGCAUAGUAGUGCCCACACAACUGAUUCAGCUGGAGAGAAGGAGAACCAUGUCUCAAGUGAGCAACACAAUGAUACACCCGACGAUGAAGAGGAUGGAGAGCAUCAGACUAAAGAAAAGAAUGGGAACAGAGCACGAAACAGAGGACGGACUAGGAAUCAGAAAUAUCGUAGCACAAAUGGACUAGGCCACGGCAGUGUCCACCUGAACCAUGUUGGUGAAACUUCGAAACCGCCCCCUGGCCCUAGAAUGCCUGAUGGGACUAAAGGAUUUACCAUGGGCCGUGGCCGUCCUUUAUCUGUCAAUCAGAACUAGAAGUGCUACCCUGUCUUGGAUUCAACUUCUUGUUCUUGCAGUAAAAUCUGCAUCUGAUCUAGUUAAUCGACUUUUUUGUUCAAGGGAUUAGUGCUACAAGAAUGGGUUGGGUUGCCUACUAUUUUGAUGUUUUCACCAGGCAGAUCUAUUCCGGUAUUAUGUAAAAAUCCUUGGUAACAUUUGGUGCAAAACUGUCAGUUCUAGAUUACAAAUGGGCAGUUCUGAAUCAAAUUUCACUUGGAUGCUUUGUAUAAAAAUUGUUGGUUUCAUGUAUCUAUGUUUGUGACAUAAGAAAGUAAUCUUAUACAUGUCAUCUUUUAUUAAA